AUGAAACUUCUGGCUGCUUCCUUCUUUGCCCUCUGGGCUGUGGGGAAUGCUGCACCGAGCAGCGUCUCCAAUCCCAAGGUCCAUGUCCGAAAUGGUACCUACGUUGGGGUGAGAAAUGCGAAUUACCAGCAAGAUUUCUUUUUAGGCAUGCCGUAUGCCCAGCAGCCUGUGGGAAAUUUGCGAUUCAAAGUUCCCCAAUCCUUGAAUGAGAGCUGGGACGGGGAGCGCGAUGCAAAGGAGUACUCGGAUAUCUGUGUUGGAUACGGCUCGGACUCCAUCUGGUAUCCGAUGUCUGAAGCUUGUCUCACCCUAAACGUCAUCCGCGGUUCGUCGGUCGAUGAGAACUCGAAGCUGCCUGUUGGUGUCUGGAUCCACGGGGGUGGAUUCUACAUGGGUUCAGGCUCUGACCAGCGCUACAACAUGUCUGCUAUCGUUGCAAACUCGUAUGAGAUUGGUAAACCCUUCAUCGCCGUGUCGCUCAACUACCGUCUCUCUGCAUGGGGCUUCUUGAGUUCUCAGGAGGUCGUUGACAGUGGGAACACUAAUAUCGGGCUCAGAGACCAAAGACUGGCGCUUCAAUGGAUCCAAGAGAAUAUUGCGGCGUUCGGAGGUGACCCGACCAAAGUCACCAUCUGGGGGGAGUCCGCUGGAGGAAUGUCUGUUGGCUAUCAUCUCACAGCAUACGACGGCAGAGAUGAUGGUCUCUUCCGCGGAGCUAUUAUGGAAUCUGGUGGUUCAAUAUCCGUCAGUCCAGCCAGCUACACAGUGUUCCAAGGCUUGUACGAUGAUCUUGUAUCGAAAGUCCAGUGCUCAAACGCUGAAGAUACGCUGCAAUGUCUGCAUGAAGUGCCAUUUGAGACGUUGAAUGCUGCUCUCAACGGCACUGGCGGCUUACCGAACUAUAGAUUUGCACCUGUGGUUGACGGAGAUUUCAUCCCGAAUCGCGGCAGUGUCCUCUUGAAGGAACACAAAUAUGUCAAAGUCCCCAUCAUUGCUGGUACGAACACGGACGAGGGGUCAGCGUUUGGUCCCUCUGGGAUCAAUACCACGGAGCAAUUCUACGAGUACCUCACAGGUUUGUUGGAGCGCUUUUCGUGUUUAUCGCUGGAGACCAGGCUGACGGUCAAGAUAGAUGCCAAAUAUGGAGGGUCAAUCAAGCUCCCCGCUCCAGUAGCAAAGCAACUCCUACGGCUCUAUCCUGACGACCCGUCCCAAGGUAUCCCUGAGUAUCUCGGAUCCGAACGUGUGCCAUCCAUGGGCUACCAAUGGCGACGUACAUCUGCCUACGCAGGGGAUAUGAUGAUGCACGCCAACCGCCGCCGACAAUGUGAAGCGUGGACAGAGACAUCAACGCCGGCGUACUGCUACCGAUUCAAUGUCCACGCAGCAGACGUUCCUCUACUCAUGGGAGCCACCCACUUUGAGGAGGUGGCGUUUGUUUUCAACAACAUCGAGGGACUUGGCUAUCAUAGUGGUAAACCGUUCGACGGCACGCCUGAGUCGUACAAGCAGCUCAGCAAGCUGAUGACGAGUAUGUGGGCUUCAUUCAUCCACGACUUGGAUCCAAACUCGGGUAUCCAGAACUCGCCGGUGCACUGGGAUCCGUACGGCAGAAGAAACCCCGUCGACGUGCUCUUCGAUGCCAACGUGACGAGCCACAUGGAGCCCGACACAUGGCGGAAGAAGGGGAUUGACUAUAUCAACUCCAAGGCUGAUGCGUAUGGGCGAUGA